UCACAUGCGAUAGACCCCGUGCCUCCUAUCUCAUCUCUCUCUUCACCCACCCUCCGGAAACUCUGUUACAAUUUUACCAUGUAAGCUUUGAAGAGAAAAGAGAAGAGGGAGGAACUGAAAGAGCUUUGCUUCUUUUUCUCUUCGGUUGCGUGUGUCUCCGUUAUUACUUUUUGUGAUGUCUCUAAAAGCUGCUAUUUUCUAGGCCUGAUUGAACAGUGUUUUUGCUUUAAGGAUUGUUGCGGUCUAUAUGCAAGAAAUGUUUGAUUGGAACGAUGAAGAGGAAAAGCUGGUAGGGCAUCAAUCAUCUCUUCAAAUUUUUUGUGGUGAAAGAUUCUCUACUUUGCAACUAAAUUUGAAAUUAACAUCAUUUUAACUUGCAAAAAAAUUAAAUAUAUUCAUAAUAAUACUGUUAUGGAGUUAAUGAGAGGUGUAAGAAGUAAGAACUCAGUUUAAAGAACUCAUAAAUAGCAUGCCAUUACAAGAUAUAGAUGCAAUGAGCUUGGAUUUAUCUCGUAGUUUAUUGGGAGACAACUUAAAGCUUAGUGAAGCUGAGGAUACAACUAAGAUACGUGAGAGUGAAGUUCCAUUACUGGAGAGAAUAGAGCAACAAGAAGAGGACAGUAAAGAGGCAAUAGAGGAGGAACCUGAGACAGAGGAUGAGCUAGAUGAUGAGCUGGAUAAAGAUGAGGCUGAAUUUGAGGAGCCAUUUAUUCCUUUCAGUGAAGCAGAAUCAAGUAGGAAGAGACAAAGGACAAGCCAUGACAUUGUUGUAGAACUGUUGAUAGCUGCAAUGAAGGAAGCUUCUUCCACUAUGAUCCAAGUCUUGUAAAGUUUUAGCAGUUUAUAUGCAAACAUGUGUCAGGAAUCUCAAAUGGUUUCAAUAGCUAAAUAGCUAUGCAAGCAACUAUUAAAAGUUGAAGGUUUGACAGAGGAUGAGAUCAAUAGAGCUCAUGUCAGAAUUGCUAAAUCUCAAAUGCUUAUGGCUAGAUUUCCACAUAUUCUAAAUGAAAACAAAGCUGGUGGGGAUCGUAGUCUCAUCAACUAGCUUCUAGGUUGAUGGUUUUACUUAGGAGUAUGAAAAAUAUAUAUUUUUCUUUUUA